AAACCCAAGCAAAAAAAGGAGGCUCCAGUAUUCAGAGUACUAGAAUCGCAGAGAACAGAAAAACAUGCCGACUGUGAAGAAGGAUGGAUAAUAGCCCCAAAAUCCAAUUCUCCGUUUAACUCGGCGCUGACUCGCCGCCGUCGACUCAGUUGACUCUUCCGUACUAUUUAUUCAUUCAUCGAUGGCUGCUCCGGAGGAGAAGCAAAUCGAAGACCAAAUGUCGUACCCGAUUCUGCUGGCGGAGCGGGUGCGGUCCGCCGUGGACGACGCCGAGUCGUUCAAGUCCGAGUGCUCCGAGGUCGGCAAGCAGGUCGACCGCCUCUCCCAAAUGCUCCGCACCGUGGUCCGGUUCUCCACAACGGCGCCGUUUCUCUACGAGCGCCCAAUCCGGCGGAUAAUCGCCGACGUCUGCAAGAAUCUCGAGCGAGCCCUAACCCUCGUCCGCAAGUGCAAGCGCCAGAGCGUCCUACGACGUGUCGUAACCAUCACCAGCGCCACCGAUUUCCGCAAGCUCUCGAACAUUCUCGACUCUUCGCUCGGCGACAUGAAGUGGCUGUUGAGUAUAUUCGACCCGGAUUCCGCCAGCAACGGAAUCGUGCUUUCGCUGCCGCCGAUUGCCAGCAACGACCCGAUUCUCGCGUGGGUCUGGUCCUUUAUCGCCACCAUCCAAAUGGGCCAGUUACCGGAUCGGGUCGAGGCCGCGGUCGAGCUCGCUUCGCUGGCCCAAGACAACGACCGCAACAAGAAGAUUAUUGUGGAAGAAGGUGGGCUCUUUCCGCUGCUGAAGCUAUUAAAGGAGGAGUCUUCGCCGGAGGCUCAAAUUGCGGCCACGACGGCGCUUUAUAAUCUGGCCAGUGACCAAGAGAGAGUCAGGGCUAUUGUGAAUGAGGAUGGAGUGCCGAUUAUUGUGCAGGUUUUGCGAGACUCGCCGAUGAGAGUUCAGACCAGGGGGGCGAGCUUGGUGGCGAGGAUGGCUCAGCAUGACAGUGUUGCACAAGAUGAGUUUGCUAGAGCCAAUGUGAUCAGACCACUGGUGACAUUGUUGUCCUUCGAGUCGUUUCUGGAGGAUCCGAAGCUUCAGGCAGGUAAGCAGAGCAUUCACACUGUGGUUAAGAUUAAUAAGGAGAUGGAGAAGAGCUCAUUAGGCGGUAAACCUGUUAGUAAUUAUGACAGCAAUCAGCGGCGCACUUAUACUAAUUCGUUUUCGAGUUCUUCAUAUACAUAUUCGGAGGGGAGUAGUCGAGGGGGUCAUAACCAUAGGAAGGAUAGGGAGAAUGAGCAGCCUCUUGUUAAGCUUCAGAUGAAAAUUAGUUGUGCCGAGGCUUUGUGGAUGCUUGCGAGAGGUAGUAUAUCUAAUAGUAGGAGGAUAACCGAGACCAAAGGCUUGCUUUGUUUGGCCAAAUUGGUGGAGAAAGAACAGGGAGAGUUGCAAUACAAUUGUUUGAUGACUAUAAUGGAGAUAACAGAUGCUGCUGAAUCAAAUGCUGACCUUAGACGAGCGGCUUUCAAGACAAAUUCACCAGCAGCUAAGGCAGUUGUGGAUCAACUCAUAAGGCUGGUCAAGGAGGCAAAUAGCCCUACAUUGCAAAUUCCUGCUAUAAAAGCAAUUGGUUCGUUGGCUAGGACAUUCCCUGCUAGAGAGACCUGGGUCAUCGAGCCACUAGUGACUCAGCUUGGCAGUAACGAUAUAGAUGUGGCAACAGAGGCAGCAAUUGCAUUAGGGAAGUUUGCUUGCACAGAGAAUUUUCUUCGUAUUGAGCAUUCAAAGACAAUAGUCGAGUUCAAUGCUAUUCCUCCUUUAAUGAGACUGCUAAGAGGCAAUGAAAAUUCACAGUUGCAUGGUUUGCUUCUCCUUUGCUACCUUGCAUUACAUGCUGACAACACUGAUGCUUUGGAACCAACUAGGGUGUUGACUGCCCUUGAAGGGGCAGACCGUGCUGUCAACUCCCAGCAUCCCGAGUUAAGAGAGCUGGUGCAGAAGGCGAUAUAUCACCUCAAUCUGUAUCACUCCGGAGGUCAUUCUCAAAGGUUCACAUAUGUGCCUUGACUUCAUAGUCGCAAGGAAGCAGUGUUUUUGUUCUAAGUAUCUGUGCAGUAGUAGAAUCAGGUUGAAACUUUUUCAUAUGUGGAAGAAAACAGGGCUAGAAGAAACAUAGAUGAUUUAUAAAAGAGAUGCAAUAUUUAACCAAAUUAAUGUUUGUUUGGCAAAGCGUUGGUGCAUGGUAUGACCACCAUUGAUCAUAACACCAUUUUGGGUUUUGUGCUUUCUCUUGCAGAGCUGUUCCCUUUAGCAUUGUUGUGUGAAUGGUUCUCUGUGUUGAGCGGUAAAUUCUAUCCCCCUUAUUUUUGUAGUAGAGCUGCACUGCAGUGAGGUUUAAUCCCUACUGUCCUCUCAACCAUGAAGGUUAUGUUCCAUGCAUCAGAACUGGUACUGUACAACUUUUUUGUUCUGGAAACGAGUUGCAUUACAAUUUUCCCAUUUCUCUCUGUUGGAGUCAGAGGCGUACAUAUAGUUGCUGAUUUCUGUUAAAUAUAUCCCAACUAUCUUUUCAGUU